CAUAGUCAACAUAAUGUGGUCGUCAAAAUAAUUGGACUUUCCGAAAUCGUAUAUUCAGUUGCACCUCACCUACGUCUUGCCGUAAACUCCUGAGAGGUACCACAAUCUGUUGUGCUUGAAGAACGUUCCCUACGCUGUCGAGACACAUGAUGGAACUCUGCAGCUACUGUGAACAGCAUCUAAAAUUUGACCUGAUCGGGAAAUGGGCACGUUUCGCUUCAGAAGAGUCUGAUGGGCGGGAAGAUGGAGAAUCCAAUAAGCGAGAAAUUGAAGAGUCCGGUGAGCACCAAGAUGAAGAGCCUAGCAAGGAAGAAGGUGAAUCAGAAUAUGUUGAAUUUGGAGCAGGAAUUGCCGAUGAUGGGGAAGAAGCAGAAUAUGACGAAUCCGAGUUCGCAUCGAGUGGUAUUGGUGAUGAUCCUAUUGUCGGCGACUUUGAUUCAGAAGGAAGGCGUACGCUUGCUGCCCUUCGCCGCGAUUCGGGUUAUUGUAACUUCUGUUGCGGACUACUUCACCUGUUUAGAGAAUGGGAAUCGAAGGAAGCGUGCUUACAGGACGAUCAGUCCCAAGAUAUCCGAAUCGAGUAUGGUCUGACGUUCCAAUCCGAAGGCAACCCCUACGACGGAAAACUAGCACUUUACGAUGCAGCUACAUUUAGCUUUCAUAUAGUGCAGCCGAAGAAAGACGGACUUAUUUGGGGCCCAAAGUUCUCCUUUCAUAGAUUACGUCCAGACUCUAUGUCAGUCGAAAAGCUACUUGAUGAAUGCCCGGGAGUCAGCUGGCCCGAAGCUGGUACUGUUUGCGCCAGGAUUCGACCUGAAGUCAUAGAUGGGCGCCUGUUCAAGAAAUGGUCGGACUCAUGUACCCAACUCCAUGAGGAUACAUGCCGUAUACGUUUUCAGGGGGAUAGGCUCACUAUGCUUCGGGUCAUAGAUGUGGUUCAGCAAUGUGUAAUUGACAUGGAAGUUACAGAAGAUUCUCGUUGGAUUGCUCUGAGCUACGUUUGGGGUCAGGCUCGGGGCCAUGUUCUCACCCGUUCGAACAAAGACCGCCUAUACCAAACUGGUGCCCUCAAUGAAGCGUACCUGCCAGCUACCAUAUAUGAUGCUAUGCUUGUGACUCAAGCCAUGCAGGAACGAUUUCUCUGGGUCGACGCGCUCUGUAUCCUACAAGAUGAUGAUGAAGACAAGCGCACAUUCAUUGGUCGCAUGGAUGAUAUUUACGCACAAGCAUGUUUGACGAUCAUCAAUGCCGCUGGAGCCGAUGCGCAGGAUCCUCUCCCAGGCGUCCGUGGAAAAAAUGUCCGAGAAACCCAAAGGGCUUUCGAUUUUAAAGGAACCACUCUUGUACGACGACUAGACCCAAUUGAUUCAUUGAGCAGUGGCAACUGGUUGGGCGACUGUGUAUGGACAACUAGAGGAUGGACCUUGCAAGAAGGCUUGCUUUCCCAGAGAGCUCUUAUCUUUACCCCGGAGCAGGUCUACUGGCAAUGUCAAGAUGCGACCUGGUGCGAAGACUCUAAUUGGGAAUACUCGGCUCCGAUCAAAAUCCAGAAGCACUACUUCAACCUUUCGACUCGCGAUGUAUCCAGACCUCAGCUUUGGAAUCCAGAAAUUACGGAUUUUGAUACCCAAUAUCAGUUGUUUGUACGAGAGUACACACAACGCAGUCUGACGAAUGGAGACGAUAUCCUCGACGCGAUUAGAGGGAUAUUGAAGGCAAUGCACAGAGUGACUGGAGAGUCCUUCUUAUGGGCAAUGCCGAUGGGAUUCAUGGAAAAAGCCCUUACAUGGCCAGUAUUUGAUGCCACGAGAGGAGAAGCCCAUCUUGUUUCCAAAACUGGCGUAAAGGUCCAAUACCCCAGCUGGUCUUGGGUUGGCUGGAAAGGCAUAAUAUAUUUCGCCGAGUGUUUCGGGUCUCUGUAUGACACAACCUUGGGCUUGGACUUUUACAGCAUAGACCAACAGUGCCCAGACUUCCUUCACCAGGAUUACCGUACAGACAAAGCUGAAGAUUCCGAGACACGGUCAACCCUGUUGGAUCAUCUUCGCAUGGGCAACACAAGGACUGAUAUUCAGGUCGCUGACCUUCCCAUAGACCCAACAACAAAUCCAGUAGCAGACGCCUUGCUGUGUUUCUGGACAAGCACGGCUACCCUAGAAGUUAUAUGCAGUCAGCAUGGGAAACACACGGAGAGGGUACAUACCAUCACAGUGCAAAAGCUCCAAAUACGAAUUUCAGUACAUUUCUCGGAGCGAAGCACAGGAAGUGAUAUCACGAGGGCAAAAUUUGCGAUUAUAGCGAAGGAGGACGCCCGCAUAAGAAAGGAUCACCUUGUUGGAAUGAUGCUCAAAUACGAUGGAGAAGGAUGCGCGGAACGGGUCGGUCUGGCAUCCAUACCAGUGUCUGCUUGGCUUGAUCUUCCUCUACGACAAUGGGAGCCAGUUUUUCUGCGGUGAGACACUAUUCAAGCGAACCAGACUAGGCAAGAUACAACACUGGUUUGAUAUCCUUGGUGAGGAUUCAGGUGGACUGGAUGCAUUACCGAAGGGUUUAUAUAACAUAGAUGAUGGAGGACCUCCCCUGACCGAUA